AUGGCGCCCACGAGUGCCGCCAUAACAGGGCUGCUGCGGCAGGUAGUGUACUACCAUGUCGACAACAAUGCCUACGAGAACGCCCUCUUUUUCGCCGAGAGGCUAAGCGCCCAAGAUCCCAAGUCGAGCGAGUCUGCACAUCUCCUGGCUCUAUGCCACCUCCGUCUCGGUGACCACCGAACUGCCUUCGAAGUUAGCAGGCCAUCAGCUUAUCGUGGAACGAAUUUGGGCGCUGCCUGGAUAUUUGCGCACGCAUGCGUCAAAAUGGAACGAUACAAAGACGGCAUCAAUGCCCUAGAAAAAGCACGAGAGAAAUGGAUCGGCAAGACGAACAUGGGCAAGCACACCACCUCGACCCGCUCGCUCUAUCCAGACGAAGCUGCGGUUCUGUGUCUGUUGGGCAAGCUGUAUCGGGCGUACGACGACAAGCGAAGGGCAAUCGAGUGUUUCGAGACUGCAGUGAGAGUCAACCCUUUCAUGUGGGAUGCCUUCCAGGCACUCAGCGACAUGGGAGUAAAGUUGCGUGUACCAAAUAUUUUCCAGGUCACCGAUCCUCUGGUUCAUUGUUUUGAACAGGAGCAGGGAGUAUUGCCCCAGGAGCCAAAGGAGAGUUCGGCAAACUCCUUUGAGCCAAAACGGCCUCCGAUUCGAUCAACAGCGGACUCAUCUGACCCAUUCAACCUCCAUCGAUCCUCCACAUAUCAGGAUAUGCCUUAUAGUGCCAAUCUCUUCUCCGCGGAAGCAGAGGAGAAUGAUUUCAUGUCAAAAAUCACAGCAGCAAGAUCUAGGCUAGCCCCACCGUCCACGAGCAACGGUGAACUCGACCUCAUGGAAACACCCACCGGCCCAGUGUCUAUGCCAGAGGUCCCUACAAUGCGUUCAGCUUUCAACGCUGCGGAGCCACCGCAAGCGCCGCCACGGAGGACAAGAACAGCCCAGGCCGUGGAUCCCAGCCUUUUCGAAGCCCCACCGAAGGUCGGUUACAAGCUAGGUGCCAAAAGAAGUACCAGAAGCCAAGACAAGGACUCAGUCGAGCUGCAUUCCGAUACUGGCACCGGCACUCUGCGGUCGACCAUGGCACCCACGGAGCGGAAGAGGACGGUUUCGGGCCAUCCGGUAUCUAGGCAACACACGGAAGAAGCCAACGCACCUGCACAACGGAGAAGUGCCAGGCUUAACAUGUUUAACAAACCCUCAAUUGCUAAAGCGAAUUCCGGUGCCGCUACCAUCGGCGCCGCAGCAACUCGUGAGCUGAAGAAGGCUAGGCCCCAGAUCUCACGGAUAAUGCGACCUGGGUCUAGUGGCUCCAGUGUUGGCAGGGUCGUGAGCGGCAAUCGCAAGCCGGUUGAGGACAGUGGCAUGGAUGUUGAUCAUGCCGAGACCACUCGUGUGAGAGAGCCCCACGCGGUACAGCACGCAGUACCGAAAGCUGCCUCACACGAACUAGACAACGUCAGAAUCGAGGAAGCUUUGAGAUGGGUCAUGGAGCUGCUCAAGAAAUUUGCCUCUGGGUACUACUCACUCAAAGCGUUCCGGUGUCAGGAGGCGCUGCAAUUCUAUGCUUCCCUACCAAGAAGCCAGCAAGAUACACCUUGGGUGUUGGCGCAAAUGGGCCGAGCGCAUCACGAACAGGGUUCGUACAAAGACGCCGAGAAGUACUUCAGAAAAUUACGCGUGGUGGCGCCGACGCGGAUGGACGACAUGGAAAUCUACUCGACGAUUCUGUGGCAUCUCAAGCGGGAGACGGACUUGUCCUUCUUGGCUCAUGAGCUGGUGGAUGCCGACUGGACAUCCCCUCAAGCCUGGUGCGCUCUCGGCAAUGCUUGGUCGUUGGCAAGGGAGCAUGAAAUGGCUUUGCGCUGCUUUAAGCGAGCGACGCAGCUGAACCCCAAGUUUGCAUAUGCCUUCACGCUUCAAGGCCACGAGCACGUUGCCAACGAAGAGUACGAAAAGGCUCUCAGCGCCUUCCGUAAGGCUGUCACGGCGGAUCGACGUCACUACAACGCGUACUAUGGCAUUGGCCAGGUCUUUGAGAAGCUCGGCAACUACGAAAAGGCCUACGUUCACUUCCAUACGGCAUCCGAUAUCAACCCAACCAAUGCUGUCCUCAUUUGCCGUAUCGGAGCAAUCCUGGAAAGGCAAAAGCAAAUGAUAGCUGCGCUACAAUUUUACACCAAGGCGACAGACCUGGCCCCGCGUGCACCCAUAGUACGGUACAAAAAAGCACGCGCGCUGAUGAGUCUGGGCAAGAUAGAUCUCGCGGAGAAAGAGCUGCUCAUUCUGAAGGACGUGGCCCCUGAUGAAGCCAUGGUGCACUUCCUUCUUGGCAAGCUGUACAGAAGCCUGAAUGAAAAGCAAAUGGCGGUGCGCGCUUUCAGCAAUGCUCUUGCUUUAGAUCCAAAGUCUGAGCAGGCCAGUCAAUCGAUCAAGGACGCUAUCGAGAGUAUCGAGGAUGACAUGGGCAUGGAAGACUCCAUGAUGACAUAG